GUCUCCACAAUUUCCUAGGGGGAAAAAAAAAGGAGGAGAAAAUGACCAAAUUGCAGGGGUCAGUGACAUUCAUGGACGUGGCCGUGGUCUUCAGCGAGGAGGAGCUGGGGCUGCUGGAUGCUGCCCAGAGGAAGCUGUACCAUGACGUGAUGCUGGAGACCUUCAGGAACCUUCUGUCAGUGGCCUAUCAGCCCUUCCAACCAGGUCUGAUAUACCAGCUGGAGAAGGAAGAGAAAUUCCGGAUGGUGGAGGCGGAGGCGCCAGGAGGUGGGCUCUCCGGAAGCAAGGGCAGACAUGCUGUGGAGAAUACUGAAGACGUGGAUUUAAAUCCCCUUUGUCCCAGGGAGCUCUCCUCCUCCUGUCAGACCUGGCCUCAAGGUGCAGGCCUGUUACCCACGAGUCAAGAGUUCAUGAGAAGUUGUCAAGGGAGGGCCAUUGCGUCCCAGAGCCGGGGAGGUUCUCCCUGCCGAGUGUGGGCAGGGAUGCCCAUCCAGAUUUCUGAAGACGGGAAUUACAUGUUGCCUCCUGUCCACGAAGACUCAGCUUCCAUGAACAGUCAAGAGCUUCCUUCUCUGAGAGCCCAGCAGUCUCCGGGGGAAUCAUGUCAAAGCAGGCUGUGUAAUUGUCAGCAGACAUCCACGAGAAAUCAUUUCUGUAGGUGUGAUGGCAUCCCUUGGUUCUCCUACCACAGCAACGAGGAGUUACACCAAAAGGGGGAAGGCCAUAGUUUCUAUGACUACAGAGGAGACACCAUGAAGGUAUCUCUACUUAGUCAGGCCUUGACUGAGUUAGGGCCAGAGUCCUGCCCACGGACCAAGUGUACAAAAGCCUGGGGCCAUGACGGCAGUGGUGACAACAGCUCUCACGCGCAGUUUCACUUAAGGGAGAAGCCCUGUGCAUGCAGCGCACGUGGAAGGGGCCAUGGUGACAGGUCAGCUCUUCACAUCCAUCCAGAUGUCGAGACAGAAGACGAAGGUGUUGCUGAGAGCCCACCUCUGCCGCACCCUUCGAGAGUGUGUACAGAGGAAAUGCCAUGCAAGUCCAGUGAGGACGUACAUCAUGGCUUCCCUCAUAACACCCAUGGGGGUGCGCAAUCAGCCAACGCCUCACAGAAAUGCCGCAUCCCAGAGAAAGCUGUUGGUCAUUGUUUCCACCCUAAUAGUCAUUUUAGGGUCCAUGCAAGGGAAGGACCCGAUAAAUAUGAGAGCAGGAAUGCUUUUAGUCAGAGUUUAUGCCUCCAAGUUCAUCAGGAAACCAACACUGAUGAGAAACUAUAUCCGGGUGUGGAGUGCAGAAGAGAUUUCACACGCGGCUCAAAUCUUAACAUUCCUCGCAGAGUCCAUGUGGAAGAGGCUCUCUGUAACGCUGAGUGUGGUAACCACUUCAGUUUGCCUCCCCAUUUCCAGGACUUUUCAACAGUGCACCCCAGAGAACAACCACAGAAACGUACACGCUUCAGUCAAAAGGCGUGCAUCCGAAGCCAUAAGAAGCUCCACAUUCAAGAAAAGCCUCUUCACAAAGAAGGCUUCAGCCACAGGUCAGUUCUUACUGUUCAUCAGAGAACCCACACUGGAGAGAAACCGUACAAGUGUGGGGAGUGUGGGAAGGGCUUCAGCUGGACUGCCUACCUGCAAGCCCACCAGAGAGUUCACACCAGAGAGAAACCCUACAAGUGUGGGGAGUGUGGGAAGGGCUUCAGCCGGACUGCCUACCUGCAAGCCCACCAGAGAGUUCACACCGGAGAGAAACCCUACAAGUGUGGGGAGUGUGGGAAGGGCUUCAGCCGGACUGCCUACCUGCAAGCCCACCAGAGAGUUCACACCGGAGAGAAGCCCUACAAGUGUGGGGAGUGUGGGAAGGGGUUCAGCCGGAGUUCACAUCUUCAAGGCCACCGGAGAGUUCACACCGGAGAGAAGCCCUACAAGUGUGGGGAGUGUGGGAAGGGCUUCAGCUGGAGCUUUAACCUUCAUAUCCAUCAGCGGAUUCACACCGGGGAGAAGCCUUACAAAUGUGGAGAAUGUGGCAAAGGCUUCAGCAAGGCUGCGACUCUCCUGGCCCACGAGAGAGUGCACACAGGAGAGAAGCCUUACCAGUGUGGUGAGUGUGGCAGGAGCUUCAGUCAGAAGUCAUACCUUCAAAGCCAUCAGAGCGUCCAUUCUGGAGAGAGACCAUUUAUAUGUGAGGUGUGCGGGAAGGGCUUUGGUCAGAGAGCGUAUCUACAGGGUCACCAGAGAGUCCACACGAGAGUGAAGCCACACACGUGUGAGCUGUGCGGGAAGGGCUUCAGUCAGAGCACACGCCUUGAGGCACACCGGAGGGUCCACACGGGGGGAAAACCAUACAAAUGUGAGCUGUGCACAAAGGGAUUCAGUGAGAGCUCCCGCCUCCAGGCCCAUCAGAAGAUCCACAUGGAAGGAAGACCCUACAAAUGUGAACAGUGUGGUAAGGGCUUCACGGGCUGUUCCAGCCUCCAAGCCCAUCACAGAGUCCACACUGGGGAGAAGCCGUACAAGUGUGAGGCGUGUGGGAAGGCCUUCAGUCAGAGAUCAAAUCUGCAAGCUCACCAGCGAGUCCACACAGGAGAGAGGCCUUACAGGUGUGAUGUGUGUGGUAAGGGUUUCCGUUGGAGCUCAGGCCUUCUGAUCCAUCAGAGAGUCCAUAGCAGGGAUAAGUUCUGUAGGCGUGAAGAGUGCAGGAACAGUCAUCCGUCAGAGAACCUACCCAGAAAUGAAGACCUGUAA